AUCACUUUGUCGAUCAGAAAAGUUGAUUAAUGCAAAUAUUCGUAUAAAUAUUUACGAAAAAAUGUACACAGAAGUCGACGUAUUUGUUAGUAACUUUACACUUAUCGAUCCUGAAAUAUAUCAAUUAUGGAUUGAGGGUUGUUCAUCUAGCGAAGCAGUAUCAACACUACAUAAACGGUCAGCUGAAAAACAACAAGGAGCUACAGUGGAACUUAUAGCCAGUGAUGUUUUGGAUCACUACAGGACUUUCGCUUUACUUGAAAGGCUGCUGACAGUCCCAUCAAAACUGUCAGAACAGAUGAUAUUCCAGAUUGAUGAGCCCACUAAGCAGAUGUUAAUUGAGAAAUACUAUGACUUGGAUGAUGCAGUUAUUAGAGAACUUCUGGGUCGAAAAUUAUCAUCAAGACAUAGAAAAGACUUAGAUGAGGUAGCGGAGAGAUCAGGCGCACCACUACGCUGCUGUAGACGUCAGUUUGAUAAUGUGCGAAGAGUCUUUAAAACUGUUGAAGAGAUGCCUGGUAAUGUGGUGGCGAAUAUACGGAAUACCUUCCUCAUAUCAGAGCCUCUAGCUAGGAAAUAUGGUGCGGUGGUGUUCAUAGCGUGCAUGCGCUUUGAGACCGGCAAGCGGAAGUUGCAGUAUCUCACAUUUAACGAUUUCUUCCACUGCGCACAGGCUAUAAUGGGCAGCUGGACGUACAGCUGCACUGGCCCGGAGUACUACGACACGGAAAUGGACCGCGAGUUCCUGCUGGAGCUGCGCGAGCUGCGGCUGCUGCUGGACAAGGAGAAGGAGCAUAAGCAUCUUGUCUGCAUGCGUCUCAGACCCAAGCUACUGGAUAAGUCAUACCAGGAACUGGAACUUAACUUUAGACUGUACACGCGCGCUCUGGUGGGCUUAGCGUGCAACUUGCAUCGCGGCAGAGAACUGCGCUCUCUCUUUAUUGACCUGCUAGAACGAUGCAUUGAGCCAUUGCGACUGGGCUGCUGGCCCAAGACGGAUCUCGCGCAGUUUUUGUGCGCGUACGAACAAUGCGCUUUACAAAUGGAUGUUCUAAGGGAAGCAGAUUUGAAGAGUGUAUGGGAGAGAUAUAUGCGUGUGGUGAGUCAGUGUUUACUCACUAUGUACCAUAUCUGAUUUAAUUUAAACAAUUUUUUAUCCCGCUCUAAGUCUGUGAAUGUGAGAGGGAUGUCAAUAUUUUUAUCCAGCUCGAGUAACCCAUAGAUAGAUUUACACUAAUAUCUUCAUAUUGAAGUUUGAUUUUAAAUAGAUUUUGGUAACUUGAAGUUUUCAAUGAAAUUUUUCGUUUUUUGGUUUGCAAAAAUGUGUGUAAUUUAACUGUGAGUCAUAUAUCUUCCAUCUCUAUUUUUUCAAAGAGAUGUGAGGGUAACAUCAUGUGUCCCUGCAUUCUUGAACCCACAGUAAAGAAAUGUCGAUUACAUAUAAAGCCGAACAUGGAUAAGAGUCCAAUGGAACCUGAUGUUUUUCUCGCUUAGGGGGCGUCCAUAAAUUACGUGAGAUGUUUAAGGGGGGAGGGGGUCGAGGCAAAUCUCAUCUAAUCUUACGUUGGAGUGGGGGGUCGGCAAAUAUCACGCAAUUUUUUUUUCUGAUUGAAG